AUGAGACCUACCCAAGCUCUGCGACCAGCACAGGGCUCCUACUCAGUUACAUUCGCUUCUUCCUGUAUGUUUACGGAGAUGUGGAGUAGGUUCCCUUACUGUGCCCGCGUAGUGGAGCAGGCACAGCGUCGCGCAUCGGUUCCAUCAGAGGCUGCCCCGGAUUACGUGGACUGGUUUAGAGUGUCUUCCCACUGUUUUCUCAUCCCAGGUGAAGGACCUGCUGCUGCGUUUGGUGCUGCUGAUAACAGAGUCGAAUAUUUUGCUGCUGAAUUUCCAACUCGACUUGCACCAUUGCUCAGGAUGCCAGCUAUUGCUCAAAUGACGCCUCGGGAAAGAGAUGCUGCUGAUAUGUAUUUAGAGGAUCUUAGAGAGUUGUUUUCCGAAUGGCAAGAGUGUAGAGGGCGCAGCCCCUUAUAG